AUGGGUGGAAAGCUCUCUUCGAAUCACAAUCAUCAUCAACACUCCAACAACACUCCACUUCUGCAACAAACUAAACAUUCGAAUAACAAUGACAAUCAUCAGAGAAUAGUUUUACUGGGAAAUACUUCAAGUGGAAAGUCAACUAUUUGUGAAAUGAUUCAAUAUCAGAAACAACAUCAAGCAGAUAAAUCAUGCAAUACUUACAACCUAUUCUAUAAGGUAGAUUCGAAUACAAUUUCAAAAACUAUUAUUGAACAGAUAUUGUUUGCAUCAAAGGAUAUAUCUAUUGAGGCAAUUAUUCGAGAAUAUACAAAUGAUUGCAAUAAUUUUGAUAAUUCUACACUUUUUGCAUUGUGGAAUGAUCAGAAAUUUAGAAAUAUUUAUCAGAGCUGUCAAGAUUCUCUCAAUUUAUUCGAAAAUGUUGACAUUUUUGUAAGGAAACUUAAGAAUCAUGAAAGUUUCAUUCCAGAUAUUUACAUUAAGGGAAAUUCUUCUGGAAUUACAGAGUAUGACAUUAAUUUUGAUGACAAGAAAGUGACAUUUGUGACUGCAGGUGGAAAAACAAGUGAAAGAAAAAAGUGGAAUUUCUGCUUGCAAGGAAAUGUUUCCGUUUUGGUUUAUGUUGUUUCGUUGGCAGAAUUCAAUCAAUCAGGUUAUGGAGAUGAGAAGGUGAAUAGAAUGGACGAAAGUUUGAAACUUUACAAGGAAUUGAUGACUCGUGUUUCGAAUAGUGGUAAUAAUACGAGAGUUGUCUUACUGUUUACCAAACCAGAUAUAAUGAUGAGGAAACUGAGGAGUUACAUUGAAUUUGGAAGAUUAUUCGAAACUGAAACACUUACUGAUCUUUCACGAAUUGUAAACGAUUAUCACGAAAGGGAUGUUCUCAAUACAAUUAUAUCGAGUUUUUUAACCGAAACAAAUAAUAUUUAUGGGAAAAUACCAGAAUAUCACAUUAUUCAGUCGAUAUCAGAAUUGGACAUUUCACAACUCGCCAAACUAAUGUUGAAUAAUGAGAAAAAUAGACAUUAUAUUUCUAAUUGCUUGUUUGAGAAAAUAUCGCUUGUGAGAUGUUAUCAAUUAGUGAUGGCUCAACAAUUGACCGAUUUAACAAUUAAGUGUCAAUUAUAA